UGAUAACCACCAUGUAUCUAGUGCAAUAUGCAGGAGGGUCUGGAAGGGAAUCCAGUUGCUGGUACAAUGAAAUACUUUUCAAGAAUCCUUGCUGUUGUUGCAGUUCCAGUUAUGAUAACUUUUCCCAAGGCAUUAUUCUGUUAUUGGCUCACCUCCAAUCUAUUUUCUCUUACCUAUGGAUUAGCAAUUAGACAGCCAGAUGUGAAGAAGUUACUGGCUCUUCCCGAGAUUCCUGUUCCACCUUCUGAUGCAUCACAACAUAAGUUCUCUCUGUUUUCAGCACUGAAACAAGAGACUGCUGUUAAAGCUGAACCUCCUGUGCCAUCUGAACCAUCAAAUCUAAGUCACAGAAGGAUAUCAUCAUCUUCUAUUAUCAAUCAAAGACUGAGAAGCCUAGAAAAACAAGUUAAAGGCAGAAAGAAAAACAAAAAAUGAAACAUGUUUGGCUGUCAUUCCUAUUUGCUCGCAUAUACAAGAGUAUAGCAGCCAGGUAGGUUGCACGCUUAACGUAAACUAUUUAAUAUUGGUGAUUCUAAGUAUCCUUUUAAUGCUUACUUGUUUAGAUUAAUUGUUUCAUCAGUAGUGUCAAACAGUUUACAGAUGAGUGUCCAUUGUAUUGACAAAUGAACUAGUUAGCAGACAGAUCAUGGAGGCCCAGUGUUGUUUGCAGAUGGAACUGCAAUGUUUGUGAUGUUAAUUCGGAUGUCAUGCAAAUCUGGUGUAGCUUGUUUUGGACCUUCCCUCUACUAUGCAAAACUAUUUAGCCAUUGUUGUCACUCAAUGAAUUUCUUGUAACUCACUCCAGUAUUAGUUGACUCAAUGUUAAUAAAUAACCGAGUCGAACA